CAACAAACGAAUCCUCACAACAUGUAGAACAACUUUUAUACCUGCAACAACAACCAAUUCAAGAUAGAUUGCCCGGAAAACGACCCGAAAGAAAUCUGGCAAAAACCCCGAACUAGACAAGUUCGAUUCUCCCUCCCCUGGCCGAUUUGAGUCAAACCACAAGUGGGGAAAUGAUCAGUGUAGUGCCAGCUCCAAAACCCAAGGAUCAAUUCGGCCGGAAACCGCCAGAAAGGGAAGACCGGACCAGGUUAUCCGGCGCGGCACUGACAGUGAAUAUUCUUCUCUUCGAUUCUCUUAAUUCAAGGCCCUAUAGGCUAUAGCUCCAGAUACUUUCAUGGAUCCAAAGAGGAGGAGAAGGGGGUUCGUUUGCCACCGGCGGCGAGAUCAGUGGUGGCCAGGCUCUAUGCCCCCAAUUCUGGCUUUGAAAUCGACCCAGAAAAAGCCUUAUGCUGAGUUAUGGACCCUCAUUCUUGAUUCAUCAUGAUCUCAAUGGCCCUCAAAGACUGGGUUUCAGCCAACUCAAAUAAGCUUCUUGGUCAUACAAUCGUCCAAAAGUGGGGCUCAGACCUCCCUUUCUUGUUUAAGGUGCUUUCUGUGAGAAAGGCAUUGUCGAUACAGGCACAUCCGGAUAAGGACUUGGCCAAGGUUUUGCACAAGUUUAUGCCAAGUGCUUACAAGGACGAUAAUCACAAGCCUGAGAUGGCACUUGCUAUAACACAUUUUCAGGCUCUUUGUGGCUUUAUCACUCUUGAGGUACAUAUUGUGCUUGAUAAUGUCCCUGAGAUUGUACAAGUGGUUGGUAGUGAAGUAGCAAACCAAGUGUUUGACACCACAAAUGCAGAUGGGGAAGAUAAAGUCAAGUCUGUUAUGCGUUUGAUUUUUACCCAACUCAUGUCAGCAACCAAAGAGAUUGUAACUACAGCAACAACUAAACUGAAAAAUCGUUUACACAUGGAAAAUCAGGUGAGGCAGUUGACAGAAAAGGAGCAACUGGUUCUGGAAUUGGAAAGGCAAUAUCCAGAUGAUGUGGGUGUCAUGUCUGCUUUCUUUCUCAACUAUGUCAAGCUUAAUCCAGGAGAAGCACUAUACCUCGGAGCAAAUGAACCCCAUGCCUAUAUGUUCGGUGACUGCGUCGAGUGCAUGGCAACUUCUGACAAUGUAGUCAGGGCCGGCCUCACUCCCAAGCAUCGGGAUGUGAAAACCCUUUGUUCUAUGCUCACAUACAAGCAGGGCUGCCCUGAAAUCCUGAAAGGGGUUGCCUUAAAUUCUUAUGUGACAAGGUACCUCCCACCUUUUGACGAAUUUGAGGUUGAUCGAUGCCAUCUUUCCCAGGGAGAAUCUGUGGAAUUUCCUGCAGUCCAAGGUCCUUCCAUUUUCGUCGUCACUUUUGGGGAGGGAAUCAUAUAUACAAGCAAUCUUACAGGAGAUAUAAAUAUCACACAAGGAGAGGUUCUUUUCGUGCCUGCAGAUACUGAGAUUAGCAUAACAAGUGCAUCUGAGUUGCACAUAUAUAGAGCCGGAGUGAACAGCAUGUUCUUUCAAGUCCCAUAAAUUCAAUUCCAGAAUCCAGCGUGGCAGCGUCACAUUUUAGCAUUUUGGGAAGGCAAACAAGUUGUUGAUUUAGCAUCUUUGAUAGUAAUAUGGAAUACUAUUAGCACUGUCACGUACGUGUCUUGCAAUGUAUGUAGAAUAAGUACUAUACAAAUAAGAAUUGAUCGAUCUAAACUGUUGGCAAAGAAAAAGAUAUGUAAUGUUCUUCAGGAGAGCCAUACAUUCAAACUCAAAACAGAGAGUUCUCACAUUAAAUCUGCAGUAGCCAACUUAAUGCUUUACGACUCGAUUAUGAGCAAAAGGAAUAGCACAUAUUUUUCUG